UCCUGUCUCUCCCCCAUGACUUCUUUCCCAUUUCGCUGUCUCACAAUAAGACGAAAUCUGAUUUAUUCUGCGCGGAUUUCUUCGAUUCUGAGGGAACGGCGUACAUAUUCUGCGCUCGUUUCGCCGAUUUCCUCCGUUUCUCAGCCGAUUCGAACGGCGUUUUUGUGCUCUACGCCUUGUAUUAGUUCGAGACACUCGGCGUCGUUUACGGUUGAGAGAUUCGAUCAUACGAUGGCCAGUGGUUCAGAAAAGCCUCAAUCUGUCCAUGAAUUCACCGUUAAGGAUGCUAGCGGAAAUGAUGUUGAGUUGAGCAAGUACAAGGGGAAAGUUCUGCUAAUCGUCAACGUGGCAUCACAAUGCGGCCUGACCAAUUCAAAUUACUCCCAGCUGACUGACUUGUACCAAAAAUAUAAGGAUCAAGGUUUGGAGAUACUGGCAUUUCCUUGCAAUCAGUUUGGAUCCCAAGAACCGGGAACUAAUGAAGAGAUUCAGCAAUUCGCUUGCACCCGUUUUAAGGCCGAGUAUCCUGUGUUUGGCAAGAUCGAUGUGAACGGCUCCAACGCCGAUCCUCUAUACAAGUACCUCAAGUCAGCCAAAGGCGGGUUUUUAGGGGACGGGAUUAAGUGGAACUUCACCAAAUUUCUUGUCGACAAAGAUGGCCAUGUUGUCAAUCGUUAUGCCCCAACCACCUCCCCGAUGAGCAUCGAGAAGGACAUAAAGAAGCUCCUCGAAAAAGCUUGAUCUAUCAUAUCGGCGUAAGUUGAACGACACAAAAGAAAAGUAAAUUUUAUCAUCGAAUAAGGUUUUAUUCAUUGCGGUGAAGUUUAUCAUUUACAAUAAGCAUUACACAACGUGUUUGGUUGUCUUUUUUCGAUGGAUUAUGAUACUCGGUUUUACACGAGUCUAUCAAACAAUUUUAUUGGAUAUUAAUUAAUGAUGUGUGAUAACUUAUCGCUCGAUGAGCUUUUAUUUACAAAAUUGUGUUUGGUUG